AUGACAUCUCCACCACUCAUCGUAGAUCCCACGGGAGCACACAUGCACACCGUGAUCUUCCUCCACGGACGAGGUUCCAAUGCCACAGAAUUCUGCUCCGAAAUCUUCGAAUCCCAAGACAGUUCUGGUCUUUGCUUCCCCAAGCUCUUCCCCAGCGUGAAAUGGGUCUUCCCGUGCGUGAACGUUGGCUGGUCUGAACUAGACCACGAAGAAGUACAUCGGUGGUUCGGCAUGAUCAGCAGGCUAGGGUUGGAGGAUAGUAGGACGCAGCUUCUGGGCAUCGUUGAGGAGGGGAAGUUUGUGAUGAGGGAGAGGAUUAUCCUAGGGAUAAGUCAGGGGUGUGCGGUUGCGCUGUGGGCACUGCUAUCGGCAGAUGUCUGCAUUGGAGGCUUUUUUGGGCUUUGUGGGUGGCUACCGUCAGCGGAUGAGCUGGUCAAUGAUCACGGCACGUUACGGGGAUGGCGGAAUGCUGGGAACAUGCCGAUCCUUCUGCAGCAUUGCAAGGACGAUGGUGUGGUGCAAUUUGCGAAUGGUAUGGCGAUGCGCAAUUGCCUGGAAGAGUUGAGGAUGGAUGUGAAGUGGCAGUACUUUGAGGAGGGUGGACAUUGGCUGAAUGAGCCGGAGGGUAUGGACGGGAUAGUGGAGUUCCUCAAGAGCGUCAUAGCAAAUGAGCCGCAGUAG